AUGGAGUCUCAAGCCAUUUAUCGUGCUAGACGGAAACGUGAUAAAUCCGAAGAGAGAAGGGCCCGUAAGGCUGAGAAACGACGUAUAAAGGAAGAGGAAGAAGCUCGACGUGUUGCUGAGCUUAGUAUAUAUAGCGCGACCGACAACCCAUUCCACGACGUAAAUCUUGACCAACAAUUCAAUUGGCAUAAAAAGAACGAAAUGGAACGCAAGAAAGGCCUCACUUUGGCUGAAUCCCAGAGGAGGGAUGCUAUACGGAGACAAGAGGCGAAAGAAGAGCUCGAGCGGCUAAACAGACGCCGUGCUGAGAGGGAAGUGGAAGCAAGGCUGAGGGAGGAAGAGGAACUAAGGAUGUCGAGGCUCCAAGAAUCAGCACAAAUGUCUGAAUGGCUAUCCAAAGACGGAGACUUCCAGUUGGAACAGGAAAGAAGAAGAGCAGCUAUUCGAAUAAAAGAAAAGAGGGCGAAAGCCAUUGAUUUUCUAGCGUUAAAUUUGAAGUAUGUCAAUCCUCCGAAUGACGAGGAAGAGAAGGAAGAGGAUGAAGAGGAAGCCGGCCUUGAGAUCGAUCUCGACGAGCCAUAUAACAUUUUUGAUAAUUUAUCAUCUGAUCAAACUCACGAAUUACACAACGAUAUUGAACGUUACCUUGGUUUGGAAACAUCUGAAGUUAAUAUUGACUUCUGGACGAAUAUGAUGGUGGUUUGCAAGGACCGUUUGGACCGUAUCCAAUCCGAUAAACGCAUGGGUGUUGAAGCUGCCGCCGCCGUGGAAGCUGAUAUAGCAGCAUUGCUAGCCGGAAAGUCCUAUGACGAACUGUCAUCUUUACAACGACGUAUCCAGGAAAAGCUUACAAGCGGAGAACCUGUCGAUACCGACUAUUGGGAGGGCUUAUUGAAAAAGCUAUUAGUUUGGAAGUCAAAGGCAAAACUUAGAAGUCUACACGAAGUUGUAGUUCGCAAUAGGCUCGAACAAUUGAGAAAACGCCAACGCGACGAAGCUUUACAGGCUCAAGAAGAACUUCUUGCUGGUGUCGCACGUUCUGCAAUUCGAAGACAUGCUGCUGAGCCUGUUGUCGAGAUGGGAGCUAUUGAAGAAGUGAUACCUACGGAAGAUAUUGAAAAGUACGACCGCGCGAUGAGCCCUCCCAUGAUAGAUAUAACCAAGUUGGCGCAAGACGAGCGGGAGAUCGACAUUUUGAUUGAUAAAGAGGACCGCCGAGCAUUGUUUGAGCAACGUAGAGCUGUUGCUGCUUCCCGCUUCGUUCCCAAAGCUGCUCAGGCUGCUCCUGUCGAAGUUGAAAACGAAGAAGCAGCCGCAAGUAGCGCAGACCUCGCGUCGGAAGCCCUCUACAGGGCAGAAGCAGAGAAAGAUCUUGAUGAAGAGGAAGAAUUGUUCAAUUUAGAGGAAAACAUCACUAAUCCAACAAGUUACAACUGGGAAGAUAAAUAUCGGCCUCGAAAACCAAGGUACUUCAAUCGCGUUCACACUGGUUAUGAGUGGAACAAGUACAAUCAGACACAUUACGACACCGAUAACCCCCCACCAAAAGUUGUUCAAGGAUACAAGUUUAACAUAUUCUAUCCUGACCUCAUUGACAAAUCGAAGGCGCCUACAUACAAAAUUGUCAAAGAGCCAGGCAAUGACGAAACCGUACUAUUACAUUUUAGUGCAGGGCCUCCUUACGAAGAUAUCGCAUUCCGCAUUGUUAACCGUGAAUGGGAAUUCUCGCAUAAACGGUAA